CUCUGCGAUAUACGAUAACCUUGGUACAUUCCCCCUCCAUAUACGUCAUUUCGAUAUAGCUUUCUGAUCGCUCGGAUUUAGAGACCAACAUCCCCAAAACGUUGAUGAGCUUUCCCGAGCACCCUUUUCCCUCCACCAUUCCACUAUUCCCCCACCACACCCAAGUCCUCUCCUACCUCCGCGCCUACGCCUCCGACCUCCACUCCUCCAUCAACUUCAAUACCCAAGUACUCUCCAUCGUCCCAUCGUCCCCGUCGCCAGGAUGGACGCUCACCACCUCGCGCACCCCCACACCCACCCACUAUGACGCCGUAAUGGUCGCCACCGGCCACUACAACACUCCGUACAUCCCGCCACUCUCGGGGCUCUCCACCUUCCCAGGCACCAUCGUACACUCCCGGAACUUUCGGCUUCCGCAGGAGUUCAAUGGGAAGAAGGUACUGCUCAUUGGGAACUCCGCAUCAGCCGUCGACAUCGCCGUGCAGCUGCUUCCAUGUGUUCAGGGACCACUACUGCAGGUGAUCCGCUCUCCGGCCGCGUCCACCACGCCGCCUCCUGAGGGCAUCAAAGUCCUCCCUGAGAUAUCGGCGCUGCACCCGGACGGAACUGUGUCCUUUGUGGACGGCGCCGUGGAAGCGGACGUGGACGUGAUCCUCUUCGCGACGGGAUAUCUCUUCACGCUGCCGUUCCUCCCGGAGGAGCUGCGGUUAGUUACGCCCCGCGGUGAGCGCGUGACCGAGACGUUCCAGCAUGUGUUUUGCCAGCGGGAUCCUACACUGUGCUUUUUGGGGCUGCCGACGAAGGUUAUCCCGUUCCCGUUGGCACAGAGUCAGGCGGCUUGGGUGGCAGGGGUUUAUGCUGGACGAGUGAAAUUGCCCGCGAGGGAGGAGAUGGAGAUGUGGGAGAAAGGGGAGGUGGAGAAGAAAGGAAGCGGCAGACCGUUUCAUUAUUUUGGAUUUCCGUGGGAUGUUGAAUAUCUGAAUGGGAUCGAGGCGAUGAUUGACAAAGCCGAAGGAGAGGGCGGAUUGGAGCCGGCUAGGUGGAGAGAGUGGGAAAGGUGGGUGCGGGAGAAGGUGCCGAAAAUCAAGAAGGCAUUUGGGGAGGCCGGUAAGAAGGCAUUGACUAUGGAGGAGUUGGGUUUUGUGUUUGAAGAUAGAUAUAUAGAGAAGUAGAC